UAUUGUUUGAAGAAACAUGGCGGACGGUCCAGCUGGGUUUCACUUCGAUGAACUAAACAAAGUUCGGGUUUUAGAGCCUGAAAUAAGUCAACAGACACAAGAACUCAAGGAAGAAUGUAAAGAAUUUGUUGACAAAAUUGGAGAGUUUCAAAAAAUAGUGGGAGGAUUUAUUGAUAUGGUCGAUUCUCUAGCUAAAGAGGUCGAGAAGGAGAAAAUGAAGGCAAUUGGCUCAAGAAAUCUUUUAAAGUCAAUCGCAAAGCAGAGAGAAGCACAGCAACAACAACUCCGAGCACUGAUUGCUGAAAAGAAAACACAACUGGAACGUUUCCGUGUCCAGCAUGAAGCUUUACAGAAGGUUGAGGGUGAACAAAAUGAAUUUAUAGAGCAGUUCAUUUUACAGAAAUAAUUAUUGUUUAUCACAGAUGCUGUCUUUCUAACACUAUUGUUAACUAACCAGUGGUAAAUUACUUGUAAAUAGGAAUGUUAUGGUUCUUUUAUCCCACAUGAGCAACAGUAUAUUGUUGUUUUUGAUACCUGUAUUUUGUCCACCAUUUUUGAAAUAGCAUGUCUUUACUAUGCUGUUCAGAUGAACUUAAAGAAGCCUUUCUGUCACCUUUUGCUCAGUGUUACAGAGCAUGUUAUUAAAAGAAUAACAGUAUAACGCAUUAAAAACGAACACUGUUUUAAAAAACAAAA